AUGAGGUUCCUCUACCUUGUCUUCACUUUCUUCCUACUGGUCUCCUUGGCUGUCCCAGGCUACGGGCAGAUAAGGAAGCACUGCCCCAAGGUGGGGUACUGCUCCAGCAAGUGCGGCAAGGCGGACGUGUGGUCCUUCUCCUCCGACUGCAAGUACUACUGCUGCGUCCCCCCCGGCUGGAAGGGGAAAUAGGAGCC